UGAUUGUUUCCGUGACGUUAAUCAUUAAGCUGCGUAAUCCGGUGUAAAGUGUCGAAAGAUGCCUAUCGAAGGCGAUCAGGAGCCUGCUGGGCCGGCGGCGAGUUCACCGGUCAUUCCAACAGUAGUCAUAGAGCCUGCAGAUGAUCUAGUAGCCACAACGGCAUCCAAACGCAUCACUCUGUAUCCAACGUUAGACAUCGAGGAUGAGAAGCCCACGUUCGUUCCUGCUAUUCCAGCGACAGCUCCACCGGAACGCGAUAUGGCUGUUGGCGACACCUUCGAUUCUACUCACACACCGAUGACAUCGUUUCGAAAACGACCCAUCUCGGUCAUAUCCACCAGCAAGCCUCCAGUGAUGCAACGAGCGAUUUCAUAUCAACCUUCGAUCGGAGGUCACUCACAUCGAUCACAUGGAACGGCGGCGGCCAGCGAACACCUGAUCCCUCCCCCGUCGUCGGCGGAGGAAAAGAAGAAGUUUACUCUUCGGUACUUGGCCGUUGUGACGGCGUUGAGCUAUAUGUUGUUCCUGAUAGUGUUUGGUCUGAUUGCCUUCGUGACCGAUGCAGUGGAGAAUAAUAAACGCUACCCGUUGGCGGAGGUUUUCGGACUGUACAUGGUAUCGGUUGGGAUUGUGUACUUUGUGUUUUUGUACAUAGAUAUUCGACUUCACGUACACAAGACUCACAAGGCAAUUGAAGAGUUGGAACGAAGACAGCAGAACUAUGAUGAAAUGAUGGCCAGGACUGCUGCGCAGUUCAAUUUUGGGCCACUGGCUCUGAAUCCUAAUGCCCCACAGAAGAACACAGCUCACGAAUGGGAGCUUCCAAGGCUAGAACCUGUUCCGCAUAGCUAUUGCUUUGUGAGCGGGCGGCAUGGGGAGUUUAUUUAUCUGAAGCUGGGAGCUACUUGGUUCUGCUUUGGAUUAUUGAUUCAUUCGGUUUUGCUUCUUUCCUAUCAAGGAAUUUUGAUGAAUAGCACAGAUGGAAAGUGGGCUGCAUGUGCAUCAAACGUCACCAUUGCAAUGGAAGUUCUGUUUCUGUCCUACUGCUUGUUUUUGGUUUUCUUUUUUUGGAAAUAUGCUAAUGUUGUAAUCAAUCACUACCGUGGAUUGGCACGGUUUGGAUUAAUGCAUGCCAUCGGCACUGCGCUGGCUUUCUGGGUUUAUACGAUCGUUCGAGAAACUCAUGUAGCUAUUAGGAUCAAGCAAUCCUAUGAUGAUAACCAACAAGAGGAAGAUGGUUUGCACGAUGGGCUGGUGUUGUAUUUUUGUCCUGGACCAGAAGAGCUGAACGACAUAUUGACAACAUUUUCGCCUUAUCUAUAUCCGUUCGUAAUUGAGUUCAACAUUCUGAUCGUUGGUUUGCUGUACAUGAUCUAUGCGAAUAUCAACCGCUGUCCGAAGAAACUCUCCACCAAAGGACACAGCGGACACGGACAAGGCCACGGUAGUCAGAAAAGCGUGCAUACCAAUGAUGGUGACAGCGUGUGCUCGGAUGUCCAGGAAAAUACUAUCGACCAUGAUAUAGAGGUCAAGGGAAGAAUGGUUGUUUACGGUGAUUGUCAUGCUUCAAGCCGAGGAUUAUUUGCUGGGCUGAUUCUGGUCGUGGCUACAGUCGUCGUCAUCAUUUUGUUCCACAUUGCCGCCAGAGAUGACGAUUAUCGUGAUACAGGCAUCCUACUGGAUUCCAUAUUCGAAUUAGUCGUCUUAGUCAUCAUGACGUUCGCCGUCAUACUUGCAUAUUUCCAAACUAGCCAACUGGACAUCAAUCAGCAUCCCAUUUCCCGCAUGGACGACGUACUACUUUUCAUAGCAAUUCCUGCGUUCUUCUCGGAAAGCCUUUUCAGUAUGCUUCCAGCCUUCGUGAACCAAUCGAUCCUCAACGGUUUCAUCAUCUUCACGCAGCUGUUGCAGAUCCUGAUUCAAACACCAUGGAUCAUCGAUACGCUGCGACGGUGUUCAAAUACACCAGAGCUACGGAAAAGGAAACCUGGCAAAGAACUCGUCACAUUCCUGACUAUUGCAAAUGUAUCGCUUUGGAUCUACUACACGUUUUCCGUCAAAACGGGUGACUUUGGCGAUGAGAGAUACGAGUUUUACGGUUACGUUCUGUGGUCAAUUUUGAACCACCUUUCGCUGCCGCUGAUAAUGUUCUAUCGGUUUCAUGCUUCCGUCUGUUUGGUGGAUAUUUGGCAACAUUCAUACGAGCCGGGAGAGUUCGCUCACUGAAAGAGAAUAAGACAGCUGAACUACACACCACGAUAUUAGAUACUGGAUUUCUGUCUGCUGGAUCGGAGGAAAACGCACGAAAUAACAGGAAGGCGAUCUACGAUGAUAAUCUACGUGUAGAUAACAAACAACAGGCCAUUGCGAUAGGGAAGUUGAUAUCAAAGCCAGCUCUGCCAAUGUCGUGCUGAUACUGAUAAAUACAUUACAUUAGACAUUAAUUCAUA